AAAAUCGUUUUCUGGUCAGGCAGCUGGAAUGCGAAUGUGUUUUAAUCCUUCUACUAGUAGUUAAUUUUUUUAUACUUACAUUUCUGAUAUCUUAGUAGAACUGCAAUAUUGUGAUUUUUAUAUGCGAUUUUUUUUAAUUUUACAGACAUACACUGGAAUAUAAUUUCUUGUUGGUCGCCCCCAUCAAGCUUCUCGUAUAAAUGGCAACUGAAGGAAAAGUGAUCCGCUGUAAAGCUGCCGUGGCGUGGGCGGCCAAGCAGCCUCUUGUGAUUGAAGACGUGGACGUCGCGCCACCAAAACAAGGAGAAGUUCGCAUCAAGAUCGUAGCUACGGGCGUGUGCCACUCAGAUGCCACGGGCCUGAAGGGCGUUGGUCAAGGCAUCCUCAAGGGCAUAUUCCCCGCCAUCCUCGGGCACGAGGGGAGCGGGAUUGUUGAGAGCGUCGGGCCCGGAGUCACUAAUGUCAAACCAGGUGACCAUGUCAUCCCUCUGUACAUGGCUGAAUGCGGUGAGUGCGACAACUGCAAGUCGCCCAAGACGAAUUUGUGCACCAAGAUCAUCGCCAUGCAAAUGAAAGGCUUCAUGUCGGACGGAACUUCGCGGUUCACCUGCAAGGGCAAAGUCCUCCAUCACUACAUGGGCACCUCCACCUUCAGCCAGUACACGGUUGUGGCUGAUGUCGCGGUAGUAAAGAUCCCAGAUUCGCUGCCAUUGGAGAAGGUAUGCCUGUUGGGCUGCGGCGUCAGUACGGGCUAUGGAGCUGCCAUUAACACCGCGAAGGUGGAGGAAGGGUCCACGUGCGCCAUUUGGGGACUGGGUGGGAUCGCCACGGGCGUGUGCCGCACGGAUGCCACCAGCCUGAAGGGCAUCGGAGAAGACCUCAUUGAGGGCAUCUUCCCCACCAUCCUCGGCCACGAGGGGAGCGGCAUUGUUGAGAGCGUCGGGCCCGGUGUCACUCAUGUCAAACCAGGUGACCAUGUCAUCCCUCUGUACAUGGCUGAAUGCGGCGAGUGCGACAACUGCAAGUCGCCCAAGACGAAUUUGUGCACCAAGAUCAUCGCCAUGCAAAUGAAGGGCUUCAUGCCGGACGGAACUUCGCGGUUCACCUGCAAGGGCAAGGUUCUCCAUCACUACAUGGGCACCUCCACCUUCAGCCAGUACACGGUUGUGGCUGAUGUCGCCGUUGUCAAGGUAAAUAAAAUUUGUCAACAGGGCUGGGGACAAUGCAUCGUGCUCGGUGUGCCUCCUGCAGGAUCUAACAUGAGCUUGCCGCCCUUCUCCUUCCUCUACGGCAAAACCAUGAAGGGCUCCGUUUAUGGCGGCUGGAAGUCGCGGUCGAGCAUGCCACGCUUGGUCAAGGACUACCAGGAGAAGCGGAUCAUCCUGGAUGAGUUCGUGACCUUCACUAGGCCGCUCGCCAGAAUCAACGAUGGUUUUGAGCUCAUGAAUGAUGGCAAGGCGAUCAGGACUGUCAUCGACAUGUUUUAAAUGAUUAUUGUGUUGCUUUGUAACAAGAUGAUAUAGCUUCCAUCAAAAAUUAAUUUUUGCGAAAUUAA